AUGCAAUCGUCCCAGCAGAUUUACAAAAGACACAAAAUCAAAAAUUCAUAUUUGUUACUGCACUCCCUGGGGAAAUAUGGUUGGUUACCAAUAUCAUCAACACUGUAUUGACUUGGAGUGAACAUACUAAAGAUCAAGAGUUACGAACCAUAAAUCCACCCAGUAGACAAUUUUAAGGAGCUCGAGCAGGAAAACAGAUUUCCUAAUAACGAUUCAAACAUGUGAUUUCUAUUCUUAUCUAUUUGUAAUUCCCAAUUCGAAAGCAGACAUCGAAAUAUUCACUUUAAAUAUCAUCGAUAUUCUCAACGAAUCACUAUAACGGUAUAACUCUGUUUCAAACGAACUCGAAAUCAGAUGCUAACCUGGAAAGAUGUCAGCACUAACGUCCGCUAAGCCUCCUCAUACCAGGUACCCACUAUACUAUUUCAGGCUUAGCCGAUUUUGAUCCUCCUUUCUUGUGAGAAUGACGAGUACUAAUAGAGACUAUUCAGAUCGGAAAUCUUCAAGUCACACACUAUCUUCUCCUCUUUCGGUUCCCGUUCAUUUUAGACAAGUAUCUACUAAGCUAGAAUAGUCGCACGAUGGCAUACCCUAAAAAUGUUGGCAUCAAAGCCAUGGAAAUUUAUGUCCCAGCACAGGUAAUACCUCUAUAAUCCCCGUGAGUUUCAGUUCAUGUUACUGAUUGGAAAAGUGUCUGGAUCAAACGCUAUUUGAAAAGCAUCAGGGGGUUUCGGCUGGAAAAUAUACCAUUGGGUUGGGUCUUCAGUACAUGAACUUUUGUACCGACAGAGAAGGUAAGGCUGUGCCAUUGAAGCUCUUUAGCCACCCAGCUCUUUUUGGGCAUUAAAAUAAUGUGAUGCUGAUAAUAUACAAAGAUGUGUGUUCUCUAGCUUUAACAGCUGUAUCUUCACUACUCCGAAAAUUCAACAUCGAUCCUAAAUCCAUUGGACGUCUAGAAGUGGGCACCGAAUCACCCAUCGAUAAAGCCAAGUCGGUCAAAUCAGUUCUCACAACUCUAUUUGAGCCAUCCGGCAAUACAAGUCUCGAAGGAAUCGACACAAUCCACGCUUGUUAUGGCGGUACCAAUGCUCUGUUCAAUGCCGUCAAUUGGGUAGAAUCUCGUUCGUGGGACGGGAGAGAUGCCAUUGUCGUCGCAUCAGAUAUCGCUCUUUAUAAAGAGGCUGCUUCUCGACCUACUGGAGGUGCUGGAUGCGUAGCUAUGCUUAUUGGCCCAGAUGCCCUUUUAUCAUUCGAUCCAGAUUUGAAAGGUGUCUAUAUGACUCAUGCUUAUGAUUUUUAUAAGCCGGAUACUAAAGUCGAGUUUCCGAUCGUGAACGGUCAUGAAUCUAUUGGCUGUUACACUGGUGCUCUCGAUGCAUGCCACAAGAAUUUGCUUGAGCGUAUAGAGGCCAGAAGUAAGCUCAGUGGAGAUACAUCCAAGGCUAUUCCCAGGAAGGUUCUUGAUUUUUUCGACUAUAUGGCGUUCCAUACCCCGAACUGCAAAUUAGUAUCUAAAUCGUAUGGUCGACUCAAGUACAAUGACUGCCUGCUAUCGACCGAUGAUGCUGAUUGGAAAGGUAUUCCUGAUGAACUCCGCAAAUUGAAUUAUUCAGAAUCCUUGAAAGACAAGACGCUGGAGAAAACCCUUGUGGCUAUCACGAAAGAUCAAUUCCAAAAGCGGGUCGAGCCAUGUAUUGCUGCGCCUUCUUUAUGCGGCAAUAUGUACACGAGCAGUUUAUAUUGCUCGCUCAUUAGCUUGAUUAGCAAUAUUGACCUUACAGCCGCAGAAGGUAAAACUAUCGGAUUAUUCAGCGUGAGUGACUGGAAUCCUACUUUUGACCUCUUUUAAGAUAUGCACUCACUGACCUAAACCCACCAUUCAGUUCGGAAGUGGAAUUGCUAGCUCUCUCUUUGGUCUAAAAAUCACCGGUGAUCUUAUCAACUUAGUCCAAAAAAUUGAUUUGAUGGAUCGUCUGAAGCAACGACAUAUUGCGACACCUGAGGAGUACGAAGAGGUGAGCUCCGAGAGCGUGAUCUAUCUAGAAGAUAUGCUAACUUGCCGCAAGGCGUGUGCCCUUAGAAAGAACGCAUAUGGAUCCAAGGGUUUCAAACCUGUUGGUGAUAUAGCCUCCAUGGCGCCUGGAACAUUCUACUUGGAGAGUGUGGAUGAUAUGUAUCGAAGAACUUAUGCUAUCAAACAGUGAUUGGCCAGCACUUCAAGGUUCCACCUGGCUGAGUGAUAGUAGAAAUGCUUAUAGAAGAUAGAUCUGGAUUGGUUUAUCCAAUAAUACUAGAAGUAGGAAAUAAAUCUAGAUAUGUGCUGUCGUAUUUAAUAAGAACUAAG